GGCUCAGAAACGGAUGACGGAUGAUAAACUGCCAGUUGAACAUUACUGCUCCUAGCUAACAGACUCGUAGUUAGGGCUGUGAAUGGGCACAAAUGUUAUCGCUUUCUUUGUACACAUCAUAAUGUGCCAGUUGGUAGGCAUCACCCAGCACUACGCAGUGGUUAUAUUAAGUAUAAUACAUGUGGUAUUGAUGUAGGAUAUCACAUCACCCUAUAUGUUUAAAUCUUCAUCCUUGGGAGUAAUAGUGUUUUGCAGUGGUUUGCAUUUAGUUACCGACUGAAGGGUUUUUUAAACCAGUGGUAAUUGAGUUUUUACUGUCAUUGGGUGCUUUUACCUCAGUAACUUGUAUAACCGUGACCCUCUAACUGUCAACAGGCACAAGCCUAGCUUUUGCAAGGGGCCAAAAUAUUAUUGAGUGGGGACGCAAAACUAUUGUGAGUGAAUGCAAAACAUUUGCAGCGGUGGCUGCUUGCUGACUGUAAGUCAGGGGCCAUAUUACAGAAACAUCUUAACUCUGAAAUCUGAUUAGUCUCCAUGACGACUGAAUUCAGGACAGUCGCUAUUCCAGAAUAACAGUUCCUAACUUCAUAAUCUCAUCAUUAACUCCAGACAAGGAAACAGCAUCACACAAACAUCCUAACUAGACUAAACCUCCUAAAUCCUGUCCUAACUUUAGGAUGAACCCCAACAGCGUCCUAACUUCUGUUUCAGGUCCGUUUCUAUGGUUUUUAGGCAGCUGUGUCAGCAGCAUAGUUCACUACCAGCAUAAUGAGCUCCAUUUAUUUCUACUGUAAAACGCUGCUUUCACUGUGAGAUGAUUUUCUUUUCUAACUCUGCGUUUUAAAGAUCUCAGACGCUGCAGACUUGAUCUCCACCGUCCCUCUGAUUACCUUCGUGUGUUAAUUUUGAUGAUGAAAUAUUACAGUGAUGGUGGUGAAUAAUGAGGAGACGGAGCUGAACGUGUGUCUGUUUAUUAGAAGAAAUAACCUUAGCGUGCUCGGCUAAAGCGUUUGGGAAAUGGAGCUGUGACGCUCUGAUAAACGACAACGGGGAACACUCACAAUGUUAAUCUCCAGUUUAUUACCUUUUUGUUUUGAUCUUUUUAUAUCUGUAACGGUAGCCGUAACUUACAUUUGUAACAUUUGUUAAUUUGAGAAUGUGUCUACGCUUCAGCUGUGUGUGUAUGGUCGGUUGCUAGGUAACAGACAUGACAGUUGAUUGUCAACUUUGAUUGAGUAGGUUAAGAUUUCCUAACUGGAGAUAAGACGGUGUAAGAUAAGAUAAAAUUCCUAAAUUAAGAUCAGAUUUCUUCUGUUAUAUGAAUUUGUGAAAAAUCUUAUCUGGACCUGUCAGAUCUUAACUUAAGACUAAAAGACAGUUUCUGUAAUACAGCCCAUGGUCAACAUCUACAAUUUUUUUUCAGUGACAUCUGUAAAGGAUUAGCUUGACUGCAACUCCCAGCUUCCUGUAGUGAGAAGUUACUCUUCUAAACUGGGCAUGUUUUUCAGUUGUAUUUGUGAAAGUGUUUUUCUGCAGAUUUAUUUCACAAACUGAUUUUUUAAAAUACUUGGUGAAAUAUUAUUAGUGGAUGAAUGACUGUAGGCUCUUUUUCACAAUUACAAAAGCUACUUUUGAAAUGGGCUUAUUUUUACUGACAUCUACCUUUCAGCAUGACUGGCUGAUAGCGGAUACCGAACGAGGGUGGGGUUGGAUGCCACAUUUAAAUGUGCAGAAGCAAUUCACAACAGCAAAACAAAUACACCUCUUCCUUCAGUUUUCCUUUGAAAGCUCUGCCCCCCAAAUUUAUCAAUGAGCACUGCCAAGACAAAUUACACUUUUUUUUAGAUUUUUGUGGACAUAAAACCAUUUGCAAGCAUUGUACCGAUAAAUGCCAUGAUAUAACAUUAGAGUAAACAACAACACGGCAAGUUAUAUAACUAAGCAAGUUGUGGGUUAACAGUCACUACAGUUGCUACUGUGAAGCUAACCACAAACAUUAGGAUAAUAAAAUACUAACCUUCUCAUUCUGUGAAACAGCAGAAAUAAGUUGAUGUAACCCACCUGCCCAGCAAAAACAGAAUAACAGCCUCAUCCCUUUUCAUGCCUUUCAGCCCUCGAAGCUGAAGUCAGCUUCUUUUUCGCCAGCUUCUUAUUUGAAUUUUCCCAUUAAAUGGUGCAGCAAUAAUAAACUGGACCCUAUGCAACUUAGCCAGCCUUUAGGACAAAACAGUCCUCUUGCUUCACAUUUUUAAAUGUUAGCUAACAUGCGAAUCCUCAAAGCGUGUGAAUUACAGUUCUACACAUUCACACAGCAAGUUUCCUGUGCAAUAGGAGCCAAAUAUGUAAUAAGAUACCUCAGGAAAAAUGUUUUUUAUUAGUGAAAUAAAUAUGACAAGACUGAAGUUGGCUUCCUAUUUGUCAGUUUCCUCUUCCACCUUAAAUGGUGCAGCAGUUACAUUCUGGCGCCUCAGGCAAAAUAUGGCUCAUAUAUUUUACGUCACUGAUCAGCUCUCAGGAUUGGCUAAGUUACAGAAAUAUUGGCCGAUCGUUGAUCGCAUAUUUGGACUGAAAAUCUGCCGAUAUCAAUACAUAUCAGAUCGAUCCUUCCAUCUCUAGUAAAGACUGUUUAUUUCUCAUAAAGCUGUAACAACUGAAUUUUAUAGAUUAAUUUGCAGUGUUGAUAACCAAUCAUUUAGUUUUUUCUUCUCACCUUUUAAUCUGUUUUAGAGCCUAAAUGAAAAGGAGGGAGCCCCCAUUAACGAGCUCUGGAGUCAGGCGUAGGGCACGUUUAUCAUUAGUGAAACGACUCCAUGACAUAGCUGAAGACUGUCAGUUAACAUCGGAACAGACAGUAGUUAACAGACCAGACCCUUGUCACGCUGCUUAUGACACUGACAGUGACAUUGACAGUGACAGUGAUGACGACUUUGACACUGGGCUCAGUGUGGGAGAAGAAAGGACAUAUGAUUUACUUGGACCGGGCAGACAGAAUGACUUAGACUGUACAGUCACACAGGUUAGUUCAGGGUCUGAGGCUGAAGACUUUACAGAUGCACCAGUACCCUUAGUUGAGAGGCUGUCAAAAUGGGCUGUGCGUUUUAACAUCUCUUUAGUGGCUCUGACAGCCCUCCUUUGUGUGUUGAGGGUGUACCAUCCAGACCUGCCCAGGGAUGCGCGGACUGUUCUCAAAACACAAACUCAGUAUAGCAUCCACAGACAAGCUGGAGGGCUGUACCAUUAUAGAGGCAUUUUGACAUCACUUCGUAAUACUUUAUCACAUGUGAUAGACACAGUCUCUGAGGGAUUUACGUUUAGAUUACGAAUAAACGUUGAUGGGUUACCAGGACUUCUGCUAAGUGUGCCAAUGAAGGAACCAGUUGUAAUUGGUUUAUUUUGUGGUAAGAAAAAACCAAGUUGCCCUAAUGAGUUUUUGAGAGAUUUUACAUGCGAAUUACAACAGCUACAAGGAGGUUUUUUUUUCAGCCAAAAAAAAGUGUUUAUCAAGCUUGAUUCUGUUAUCUGUGAUGCACCUGCCAGAGCCUUCAUAAAAAAUGUGAAGGGCCACAAUGCAUAUCAUGGUUGUGAUAAAUGUUGCCAACCAGGCGUUUACAUUAACAACCGAAUGACUUACCCCUUAAAUGAUUACACUUUACGGACUGACAUUUCAUUUUUGGAGAGAACUGAUGAGAGCCAUCACCAUGAAGGACCACAUGGUUUUGCCAAUCUAGAUAGUAGUUAUUAA